UCAAGCUUCCCACCCAUUCCCCUUCCCCGGCCCUCUCCAAAGCAACAGGCAAAGCAAGACGCUGAGCUUGGAGAGACCUCCACCAGCUCACUGCUCAACCAAGACCACACGAGGCAGAGAGGCAGAUAGAUGGCGGCGUCCGUGGCCUGCGCCUUCUUCUUCGACGCGGAGCCGCUGGGCGAGCCCGGGCGGCACGCGCUGGACGCCUGCGCGCUCUGCUCCAAGCCGCUCGCCCGCAACAGCGACAUCUUCAUGUACAAGGGCGACACGCCCUUCUGCAGCGAGGAGUGCCGCUACGAGCAGAUGCACCACGACGCGGCCUACGCGCGUCAGGCCGGCCGCCGGAAGCAGCAGCAGCGGAGCAGCGGCAGGCGCGAGGGUGGCGGGGCCUCCGUGUCCGCCAAGGCGGACGUGUCCGUGGCCAGCUACUAGUAGUAACUAGGAGGAGGCAGGCGGGGCAGGAAGAAAGAGACUGUCUUGGCUGAACCAGCUUUAAGCUACUGGAGAUCCGAACAUGGAGGCGCUCCUGGCUGGCCGGGAGCUACGCGGCGCCCGGGCUGGCUUUGUUUGGGCGCAGAAACGAAGCAAACUCGGGGGUUGGAUCUGAAGAUUGAAGAAGGCGAUAGAGCCAGCCAGAUUGGCGUAACCUUUGGGUUAAAUCUGAGCUAUGCGUGCACCCCCUGUUUUUGUUCUCUCUCCGAUUGGAUCUCCUGGGUUGUCCGUGGUGCCAGAGGUUGAGGCCUGAGGGCGUGUGUAAAUGUACGAGGCAUCUAAAAAAAAGCUAUGCAACAAGCCCAGCAAUUUUGAUCGCAAA